GCUGGGCGGUGAGGGGGCCUGGCACCGUGCGGGGAUUCCCAGGGACAUCCAUCUUGGUGAACUGCACAUACCGGUACAACCAGAAGAAGAUGCCGAAAUUCUGGUGCAAACCGGGAUUAAUUUCUACCUGUGUUAAAGACUUCGUCAUCACCUCGGAGCAGGAGCCCGUGGUGCGGCGGGGCCGAUUCUCCAUCGAGGACAAUCGGGCACAGCGGAUGUUCAUGGUCACCAUGGAGGACCUGGCCAAGGAGGACGAGGGCACCUACCGCUGUGGGGUGCGAACGGGCAUAGGCCGGUUUGAUGAUCAUGACGAUGUGAACGUGACUGUAUUCCUAGGCUGCUGGGCGGUGAGGGGGCCUGGCACCGUGCGGGGAUUCCCAGGGACAUCCAUCUUGGUGAACUGCACAUACCGGUACAACCAGAAGAAGAUGCCGAAAUUCUGGUGCAAACCGGGAUUAAUUUCUACCUGUGUUAAAGACUUGGUCAUCACCUCGGAGCAGGAGCCCGUGGUGCAGCAGGGCCGAUUCUCCAUCGAGGACAAUCGG